GAAGAGAGGGGGAGGGAGGGAGGAGAGGGGAGAUGAUGAUGAUGAUGGUGAUGAUGAAGUGGAGUUUGGGAGGCGACGUGCCCGAAGCUGACUCACUUUAGACUCAAUCUGCCUCGAACUUGCAGCGGUGGCUCUUGUCUGUAUACUCAGUAUAAACACUUCACUUUAGCUAUUCAGCCACCGAGGAGAGGGAGAGAUGGAUUUGGAAUCUGCAGAGAUUGGUGAAGGGGAUAUAUCACCAGCGGGGACGGAAACCUUUAACUCCAAAAGCUUGGCCCUGCAAGCUCAGAAGAAGAUCCUCACCAAAAUGGCCACCAAGGCAGUGGCCAACAUGCUCAUCGACGACACGAGCAGUGACAUUCUGGACGAGUUGUACAAAGUGGCCAGAGAGUACACGAACGACAAGAAAGAAGCCCACAAGAUCUUGAAGGAUUUGAUCAAGAUCGCUUUGAAGAUAGGGAUCCUCUACCGAAACAACCAGUUCAACCAAGAGGAGGUGGAGAUCGUGGAUAAGUUCAAGAAGAAGUUAAACCAGGCAGCCAUGACAGCGGUCAGUUUUUACGAGGUCGAGUUCACGUUUGACAGAACCGUUAUGGCCGAGCUGCUGAAGGAAUGCAAGGACUUGUUGCACGAACUGAUCGAACGCCACCUCACCCCCAAGUCCCACGGUCGCAUCGAUCACGUCUUCAGACUCUUUAGCGACACGGAAUUCCUGACGGACUUGUACAAUCCCGACGGCACGUACAAAGAGUCGCUACAGAAAAUCUGUCGGGGCGUCAACAAACUGCUCGACGAAGGGAUUGUCUGAACGCGGCAGCCCCCCGGAUCAGGAGGGCAUUCGAGGUGUUGCUGAUCUGCACAGAACAUCCAUUCGCCAUUUUCAUUCACCACUUCCACUGUUUGACCUGGGUGCCACAGUGAUUUCUUUUGUCUGACUGUUACACUGUAGGUGUUUGCAUUUAAAUACAAACCAGUUUGUGAUUCAAAUCUGUUGCUUGUGAGAAAGAGUAAACAAUCUGCUGUGCCAAUGUA